AUGGCGAAGCCAGUGGGUGAGGAUAAUUGGUUAGCUUAUGUCGACGAGGAGAGCCGCCAUGCUACCGAUCUUGAGGCGCGUGUCAAGGUUGUUGAGCUCUUUAAGAGCGCUGUCUCAUCCGAACCGGGAAGUUUGAAGAUCUGGCUAUCUUACUGCGAAUGGUUCUGGUCACUCUUUACCGAUUGCCAGACGAGCGAGGCUGGAUGGCCUGAAGAGGAGCGACAGCUAGGUCAUGAGCUUUUCUCUUUCGAUGCUGCCCUUAGUCUUUGGAGCGAUGGCUACGAGGCCAUCAAGUACCGCAUCAACGAUAGCCAUGAGUUUUGGAACCGCUGGGUCUCCAUAGAGCUUGAGCAGUUGGCUAGGACUCGAACGCCCGUUGGUGUUAGGCGCAUAUCGCACCUCUUUCGCGACCGACUUCAGGUUCCCCACUCGACAUGGGACAACACUUCGCAGAUGUUCUCUAGUUUUCUGAGCACGUAUAACAAUGCCGCAUACGAAUCUGAGUUCAAGGAGAUGACCGCCAGCGCGCAAGAAGCAAAGGCCGCGUACGAGGCAAGAGAGCCUUACGAGCUGAGGCUGAACAAGGCUGCCAAGUCAGGUGAUCAAGAGGCACAGAAGACUGUUAUGAAAGAGUAUCUGAGUUGGGAGAUGUUGCAGGUAAAAAAGGCAAGGAAUGUUGCACUAUCCGUAUCACUAUGUUUCGGAUUGUUUGCGAGAGCGUUGAGCGGUAUAUUUACUUUUGACGAAGAGGUUUGGAGCGACGCCGCCAUUUAUCUCUCUGGAUUACAACAGCAGGCCAGGACAUCGGCACACCAGUUGCCCCUCCCCAACUUAUUAGAUUUCUAUCAGCGAGCUACGUCGCACUGUCCGUGGUCUGGCCCCCUUUGGUCUCGAUACAUCUUGACUGCCGAGGAAGCAGGUCUGUCUUUUCACAAUGUCGAGUCGAUCAAGCAUGCCGCCACGAGCACGAAGGAACUCGACAAGAACGGCAUGACAAGCGUUCUGGAUAUGUACACUGCCUGGUGUGGCUUUCUGAAGCGGACCGCCAUGGACCCAAAUGCCCCCGAGGAUGCCGCCGACGUUGCAGAGGUUGGACUGCUGGCUGCUUUAGAGGAUGUUGACCUAUGGGGUAAGCGUUUGUACAAAGAUGCGUAUCAGGGAGACCCCAACUACAGGCUACAGCGUAUUCUCAUUCAGUAUCUCACCGAGGUAAAGGGUGAAAUUGACGAUGCGCGCAGCCACUGGGAUCGUAUGACAAGUCAGUCUCUGCUAGCGGAUAGCUAUGACUUCUGGCUCAACUACUACCUCUGGGAAAUGAUGGUGUAUUCCUCCAAGCCGAAGCCUCGAAGCCCUACUCCAGCUACGCCGGUUGGUGGCACCAAGAUUAUACGAGUUCCCGGUCUCGCUACCAACGUCUUGCAACGUGCUAUGGCGCGACCAAAGCUGGAUUGGCCCGAACGGAUCAUGGAGGUAUAUCUCCAGCACUGCAACGAUUACGAGCGGUCCGAUACUCUCCAUCGCGCUCUCGACACAGUUUAUCAAACUCGGCAGGAGGUUGCCAAGCGCCGCGAACGAGAGAAAGCCGAAGCUGCUUACGCAUCUCAUCUGCAACAAGCCCAGCAGCAGGAACAAGCAGCCCUCAACUCGACCGUAGAGGAUGCUGCAGCGCCGGAAUCACCGUCUGGCUCUAAAAGGAAACGAGAGCCUACACCAGGUGACGUGUCUCAGGGUCUAAACAAGCGAGUGAAAAGCGUAGAGUUUGAUGGAGAUAGCACGGCUAACGACCAGAUGCUGAAACGUGACCGAGAAAAUACCUCGGUUAUGGUUACGAACCUACCUGUCGAUGUGACGCAGACGGCGAUUCGUAAAUACUUUAGGGAAUACGGGCACAUUAACAAUCUUGACGUUUACACGGAGAAGGACGGCGAGUCCAGCUCCGCUUUGAUCGAAUUUAGAUCAACAGAGGAUGUGCAGUCUGCUCUCUUGAGAGACCAGAAAUUCUUCAACCAACAUCAGAUCAGCGUUAAACCCGGUACCGGCUUAACUCUCUUCGUAUCCAACUACCCUCCUACUGCUGAUGAAGGGUACAUCCGCCGUCUCUUUCAAGACUGCGGCGAAGUCUUCAGCGUGCGUUUCCCUUCUCUCAAGUACAAUACCCAUCGCCGAUUCUGUUACGUUUCUUUCAAAGAUCUGGAAUCUGCUCGCAAGGCGACGCUACUUGACGGAAAGCUGGUAGAAGGUAAAUUUAAGUUGCAGUCUAAAUACUCAGAUCCUGGUCGGAAGAAGGAUCGCGAAGGUGCCGUCGCAGAAGGCCGAGAGAUUCGGCUUAGGAAUGUAGACUCUUCUGCGAACGAUAUCGAUCUUCAAGAAAUGUGUGGCAAAUACGGCAAGGUAACAUAUGCGCGCAUUAUGAGAAAUCUCGGCGGUAAAAAUCUCGGUACCGCAUACGUUGCUUUCGAGACGAAGGAUGCAGCCGAGAAUGCUCUCGAGCUUGACAAGACUAAAUUCAAGUCGCAAGUCCUCUCGGUCGAAUUUAGCAGAGAGACAAACUUCAAACCAUUUGCCACGAGUAAAGGAGACCGGCCCUCAGCAUCGCCCGCUCCUAGCGGAGAUGGGGACGUAAAGAUGACGGACGGAUUUGGCGAACCCGGCAGCGAAGGUCACAAUCCGACGCGAAGGGAGAUCAAGGAACGCACAAUGGCCAUCAUGAACAUACCAGACACCGUUAAUGAUGCGCGAGUCCGAGCUGCCGUCGAGAAAUACGGCAAUAUCGUGAAGCUGGUUCUACGACCUGACCAUCAGGGUGCUAUAGUUGAGUUUGCAGAUGUGGCAACAACUGGACGAGCUGCAUUAGCUCUAGAAGGAUUCGAAAUCGCACCUGGACGUCGGCUCCACACGGGCACUACGGAGGAACUUUUCGAGCAGAAGAGCGAAAUAAAGGAGAGUAAAAUCGUUACUGGCAAAGGGAAAAACUCUAAUCAUAAAGGAGGUUCGAAGGAGGCUGGCUUUAUACUCCCUCCUCAGAAUGUUCGCAGACCGGCUCUCGGACGAGGUGGAGCGAAGCGAGGACUGGGCUUUGUCGCAGCGAAGAAAGAUGACAACAAGGCGGACCAUCAAGCCGCAGAUACGAAUGGCACCGGGGCUGCCGUGAAGCCCAAGAGCAAUGCUGAUUUCAAGGCUAUAUUUCUCAACUCGGGAAAGGGAGGCACUGGUGCUAACAAGGAUGGCCAAGCUGGAGCCGGCCAAGUCAAUGGGACAGGAAAGGCCUAA